AUGGUGCGAAUGAACGUAUUGAGUGAUGCUCUCAAAUCAAUCCACAAUGCCGAAAAGCGAGGCAAAAGACAAGUGCUCAUCCGCCCUUGUUCUAAAGUUAUUGUAAAGUUUCUUACUGUGAUGAUGAAGCAUGGUUACAUUGGAGAAUUCGAAAUUGUAGACGAUCACAGAGCAGGAAAAAUCGUCGUCAACUUGACAGGCAGAUUAAACAAAUGCGGAGUUAUUUCACCACGAUUUGAUGUACCAAUCAAUGAUAUAGAAAGGUGGACUAACUUAUUGCCCUCUCGUCAAUUCGGAUACUUAGUGCUAACAACCAGUGGAGGUAUCAUGGAUCAUGAAGAAGCCAGAAGAAAACAUCUUGGAGGCAAAAUAUUAGGUUUCUUCUUCUAA